UGGCUCUGCCAGAUUAUAAACACCUUGUUACAAGAAGGAAAUUUCCGUCUCAACGUGUUGGAUUCUCCGUUAGGCCAUCUUCUAUCGCUACACAAUGGAUUUAGACAGGAUUUCGAUUAUGAAGGUUAAUGAGUUGAAGGACUUUCUGCAUUUACGUGGAUUGACUACGAGUGGGAGGAAGGCUGAACUUAUUGCAAGAGUUUUUGUGGCAGCCGAAAAUAACGUUCCUGUGGUAAAAUCAGCAGAGGAGGUGCCGAUGGAAAUAAAUAGCGAGUACAAGGAAAAACUCAACGUGGGGCAUAUUGAAAUCCCAGAUCCACUAAGACUGACAGAGGGCUGGUUGGUUGAACAAUCUGCAGUGAAAUAUUGGCCAAUGACUUUAUAUCCUGACAUUUUUAAUUUUAUAAAAUUUCAUCCUAGUGAGUUAGCUAGUGAUGACCUCAGUGACUAUAAAACUUCAAAAGCAUAUAGUUACUAUGCACAAGGAUGGCUGAGCCCAUUAGAAUUUCACAACAUUUGUGGAAGCAGCAAACUUUGUCUUUUGAGGGGAUUCUGCAGACCUUCUCAAAGAUUAAAUGAUGCAAUGCAUAGAAUAUGGCUAUGUUUGUCAAAAGAGACUGGUAAGAUUCUUGUGAUACAUUCCACUUGCAUGGCAGGAAUGUCACAAACAUGCAACCAUGUGGCUGCAGCACUUUUUCGAAUUGAAGCUGCUUGUCGAUUGGGGUUGAACAAUCCAUGCUGCACAUCAAAGACAUGUGAAUGGCUACCCAACACAAAAGCAGCGGAACCCUCAAAAGUGAGAGACCUUAAAUUAGGAAAAAAUGAUUUUGGGCGUAGAAAAAAAAAGACAGAGGAAAUAAAUACCUCGCCAAAGUUUAACCCUCUAAGCAGCACCAAUCACAAGCUUUCACUUCAAGAUAUUGCCAUGGCACUUAAAGAUGUAUGCAAAGAAGAAGAAAACAUAAUCUUUACUGCAUUGGCUAAGCCUCAUGUGAACAAAAGUCAAGAUUGUCAAAUGAAAUUGCCUGUUAAGACAAUCAAUGAGCUUUUCCUUGCAUCAUCCACUGGAGAUGAGUUCCUCAAUUUCAUUUUGGGGAUUGAUGAGGAUCAAAUUGCAGAAAUAGAGAGUCACCAGAGGUCAGUCCAAUAACCCUCUUUGGUUGGCAUUCCGUCAACAUGUCAUCACAGCAUCAAAGGCACACAGUGUGAAAACAAGGUUUGAAACAGCAGAGAGCAAAGGAUUUGCUGAUACAAAUUUUGAUGCAGUUACUAAAUGUGUGGCUGGAAAGUCAGAACUCCUUAAAAACAUUCCUGCUAUAAAGUAUGGUAACAGCAUGGAAGCAGAAGCUGUUCAGAAAUUCUACCAUGAAUAUUUAACACACCAUCAAGAUGUACAAAUCAGAGAGUGUGGAUAGUUUUUGU